AUGCCGGGGGGAAAACGAGGGCUGGUGGCACCACAGAACACGUUUCUGGAAAACAUUGUCAGACGCGCAAGUGAAUCAAGUUUCUUGCUUGGAAAUGCCCAAAUUGUGGACUGGCCUGUAGUUUAUAGUAAUGAUGGUUUUUGCAAACUCUCUGGAUAUCAUCGGGCUGACGUGAUGCAGAAGAGUAGCACUUGCAGUUUUAUGUAUGGUGAACUGACAGACAAGAAGACUAUUGAAAAAGUCAGACAGACAUUUGACAAUUACGAAAUGAACUGUUUUGAAGUUCUUCUUUACAAGAAAAACAGAACUCCAGUUUGGUUCUACAUGCAAAUUGCACCUAUAAGAAAUGAAAAUGAUAAAGUGGUUUUAUUUCUGUGCACAUUUAGAGACAUCACAUUAUUCAAACAACCCAUUGAAGAUGAAUCAACAAAAGGGUGGACAAAGUUUGCACGAUUAACUCGGGCUUUGACCAACAGCAGGAGUGUAUUGCAGCAGCUAACACCAAUGAACAAAGCUGAUGUAGUUCAUAAACAUUCAAGACUAGCUGAGGUUCUGCAGUUAGGAUCAGAUAUCCUCCCUCAGUAUAAACAAGAAGCACCAAAGACUCCGCCUCACAUCAUCUUGCAUUACUGUGCAUUUAAGACUACGUGGGACUGGAUAAUUUUGAUACUAACUUUUUAUACAGCAAUUAUGGUCCCUUACAAUGUGUCUUUCAAGACCAAACAGAACAACAUAGCUUGGCUUGUGCUAGACAGCGUGGUUGAUGUCAUAUUUCUUGUGGAUAUUGUGCUAAAUUUUCACACAACCUUUGUUGGUCCAGGAGGGGAAGUAAUAUCUGAUCCCAAAUUAAUCAGGAUGAACUAUCUGAAGACAUGGUUUGUGAUCGACUUGUUAUCAUGUUUACCAUAUGAUAUAAUCAAUGCAUUUGAGAAUGUGGAUGAGGGGAUCAGCAGUCUUUUUAGCUCAUUAAAAGUUGUUCGACUUCUAAGACUGGGACGUGUUGCCAGGAAACUUGAUCAUUACCUGGAAUAUGGAGCUGCAGUACUUGUACUACUUGUCUGUGUUUUUGGACUUGUGGCCCAUUGGCUGGCAUGCAUUUGGUAUAGCAUUGGAGACUAUGAAGUAAUUGAUGAAGCCACCAACACAAUAAAAAAUGGUAGCUGGCUGUACCAGUUGAGCAUAAGCAUUGGUAGUCCAUUUCGUUAUAAUACCAGUGGCUCAGGCCAGUGGGAAGGGGGGCCCAGUAAAGACUCCUUGUACAUAUCUUCCCUUUACUUCACCAUGACAAGCCUUACAACAAUUGGAUUUGGGAACAUAGCUCCAACCACUGAUGGAGAAAAAAUAUUCUCAGUUGCCAUGAUGAUGGUGGGAUCGCUUCUUUAUGCAACUAUAUUUGGAAAUGUUACUACCAUCUUCCAGCAAAUGUAUGCUAACACCAACCGCUACCAUGAAGUCUUGAAUAAUGUACGGGACUUCCUUAAAUUGUACCAGGUCCCAAAAGGCCUAAGUGAGCGUGUCAUGGAUUAUAUUGUGUCAACGUGGUCUAUGUCAAAGGGCAUUGACACAGAGAAGGUUCUUGCCAUUUGUCCAAAAGAUAUGAGGGCUGACAUUUGCGUGCAUCUCAACCGGAAGGUAUUCAACGAGCAUCCGGCAUUCCGCCUGGCAAGUGAUGGCUGUCUUCGAGCCUUAGCAGUAGAAUUCCAAACUAUUCAUUGUGCUCCAGGGGAUCUUAUCUAUCAUGCUGGUGAAAGUGUGGAUGCACUCUGUUUUGUGGUGUCAGGCUCACUUGAAGUCAUACAGGAUGAUGAAGUUGUAGCUAUUUUAGGUAAAGGUGAUGUAUUUGGAGAUGUGUUUUGGAAAGAAACUACUCUGGCUCAUUCAUGUGCUAAUGUGAGGGCACUGACAUACUGCGAUCUUCAUAUAAUUAAGAGGGAAGCCCUGCUUAAAGUGUUGGAUUUCUAUACAGCAUUUGCAAAUUCUUUUUCAAGAAACCUCAUCCUGACAUACAACCUGAGGAAAAGGAUUGUAUUCCGAAAGAUCAUUGAUGUCAAAAAAGAAGAGGAAGAACGCCAACGUCAGAAGAAUGAAGUUACCCUCAGUAUUCCUGUGGACCAUCCAGUAAGGAAACUUUUUCAAAAGUUCAAGCAGCAGAAAGAAAUGCGUAAUCAAGGUGUAAUGCUAGGUGAACAAGAUAAAAAUUAUCUUCAUGUGGAAAGACAUGCAAUGCAGAAUGGAGCUUCCCCAUCAUCUACAAGUGUGGUCACGGUCUCUCAGAUUACACCAAUCCCCGUUUCCCUUGCAUUUAAAAAAACAAAUGAAUCAACCAAGCAGAACAACAGAGAUGUAAUGGAGCUAAAGCCAAACACUAAUAAUGAACAGGACUCUCUCAAAGUUACUAGUCCUCUUCGUAUGAGAACUGGAAAUGCCAAAGGGUGGCUUAGACUAAAGAAUAAUGUAGGAGUUCCCACAGAGAAGAAGGAAAACUGGAAUAAUGUUACUAAAGCCGAGUCAAUGGAACUCUUGUCCGGAGAAUCCAAAACAAGUGAAUCAGAAACUGUUGCAAUUAAGAACCCUUUAAAGAAAACAGACUCCUGUGAUAGUGGAAUUACAAAAAGUGACUUUCGUAUAGAUAAAGCUGGGGAAACACGCAGCCCACUGGAGCAUAGUCCUGUUCAAGCAGACACUAAACAUCCGUUUUAUCCCAUUCCUGAACAGGCUUUACAGACCACUUUACAAGAGGUAAAACAUGAACUAAAAGAAGACAUACAGACAUUAAGCAAACGAAUGAGUGUUCUUGAAGAACAGGUGGCAGAAAUUCUAAAAAUACUUUCACAAAAGAAAGCUUCACAAACAUCUUCUCAACAACCUCAAACAGCAUGUCAGGAUAUAUUCAAUGUCUCUAGACCUGAAACUCCCGAAUCAGAAAAGGAUGAAAUUCAGUUUUAAAUAAUUAUUCUCUCUUCCAUUAUGUAAGAUUUGAAAUAAACUAGGUUUUGUUAUGUAAAUAUUGCUGCAUGUCCAGCUGGAUUCUGGCCUGCCAAACAAAGUUAUUAUUAUGAAAGAAUAUGCUUGUAUAUUAUGCAGUUGACUGCAUGCAAAUUAAAAUAUUUAUACUUAUAGCAAAUAUAUGUAUAAAACCUUCACACAAAAAAAUGAUUUUAUUAUAUAACAACUUUAAUAUAUAUAUAUUAUAAAAUUCUGGGUCCACUCUGUUGAUAUUUUCAUGAAAUUAUUAUACCAGGAAGCACACAAUGAGUCAAUGUUUUGCACUACUGUGCUCUGGCGAAUAAUUGCUCCUGUGCUUAGUUAGUUUAGAAACAAAUUCUUACUUUUAAUAUUCUGCGAAUAAUACUGAUAUUCUGAUUACACACAGACAUGCAUUCAUACAUGCAUACAGUAUAGUAUCAAUAACUGAAAGUAAAAGAAAUAUUUUGUUCUGUGUAAUAAAGCAUGGACAAUGAGAAAGGCACUACAGUCCACUACCGCAGAGAAAAAUGCAUCAGUGUUGAACAAACAAAAACAUGGCUACAGUAAUAUGGUUAUGCUGCAGUAAUAUUUAGGAAAAAAAAUCAUAGUAUGCCAUUUACGUUUAGUCGAACACUUUUUUUCACAUUGAUUAGAACUGAGAGUUAUUUGUAAGAGGAAUAUUUAUAACAUUAUUUGUUUAGACCAGUUGACUGACAUCUUUGCAGUAUACACUAGUACAGUUUUCAUCAGUCAUUUCACUAUACUUUUGCCUGAGAUUUUCUUUCCACA